AUGACCACGUACAAUGCGCCACCAUCGUUCUUCGACACUCCAUCAAAUAAUUUCGAGACGGAAGACUGCCUUUUCCUCGACGUCUUCGUGCCCCAGGCUGUCUUUGAAUCGCGGCAAGGAAUCGCGCAAGCGGAAAAGCCGGGUGCCCCUGUUGUAGUGUGGAUACACGGUGGAGAAGGCCUAUCUGGCUCCAAGACUCUGCCCGCUGCGCAACCAUUCGAACUCCUCAAGCACGGGCUCCUCCUCCCGCGCGGCUUUCGCCCCGACGCGACAACGAUCCUCGUUUCCGCCAAUUACCGCCUCGGGGCUUUCGGUGCGUUCGGUGAUUUCGGGCGGCCGUCGGAGCGGCAGGAUGGGAAUGUCUCCGCGAGCAUCGGGAUGCAAGACCAGCGUAUGGCGAUCCGCUGGGUGAGAGAGAAGAUUAAGCUUUUCGGCGGCGAUGCCGGCCGCGUGACGAUCAUCCGGGGCGCCGCCGCCGCCGACGGCAGCACGGCUGGGGUGCUCGGCUUGUACCACUCUGCUGCAGCAGACGAACGCGUCCUACGCCAGCAUACCGUACUGCCUGAUGGUCUAACGAUUAAGAGCUUCCUCCGGUUGGCCAAUGUGUCCAGCCUUGCUGAAGCCCGGGGCUUGCCCUCAGAGGAACUCAUUGCAGCCAACAAGGCGUUUAUGGACAUGCUUGUUUAA